AUGAGCAGUAUAACAGAAUUAACUGAACAUUUCACAAAAACUCACACGUCUGCAAUCACAAACAGUCAAACUCUGGAACAGUUUAUAAUAGAGCAUAUCACAUUCAGAGAAACACUUAACUCAGAUGAUUCGCAAUCUGAUACAGAUGUCAAAUCAGAAGCUACAGAUUUUAAUCGCACUGAAAAAUCGAUAGAUACCUUACAGAAUUUCUUCUGUCCGUUUUGUGAAAAUAUAUUCUCUUCCAUCACACGACUCACGUGCCAUCUGAGUCGACAUUUAGGAAUAUCCUUAGAAAAGGAAGUGAUAUGCUGUGAGGAAACUUAUUACGACAAGAAAGCGUAUGUCCAACAUUUACAAAACUACCACGUGUCACGUGAUCUCGACGAGAAUACUAAUAAUAUUUGUCGCAACUGUGGUUUCGAAGCCGAGGACUCGUUCGCACUCCAAACGCACGUAACCGAGGUUCAUGACAAUAAAAAGCCACACAAGAAAAAUAUUAAGGAACCGAGUCAAAAGAACCAAAAAUAUAUACCAGCAGUAUGCCCCGAGUGUAAUAGAACUUUUUCGAAUAAAUACAACAUGUUUACGCACAUGAAAAGCCACAGCGAAAAAGAAGUGAAGAAAUUCCCUUGCGAUAAAUGUGGGAAGUCCUACAGCAAUUCAGGAAACUUAAAGAUUCACAAAAGGGUAUCACAUGACGGUAUAUUAAAAUUUUCUUGCAUAUUUUGCGGCGAAGCAUUCCCCAACCGUUUCGAGUGCGAUAAUCACAAGAGAAUACAUUCUGGAGACAAGCCAUACUCGUCGAAAUCCUGCCUGGACAGACUCGGUCCUAAACAGAGUUCCUCCGAAAUCGAAACGAAAGUGAAAGAUGAAGCGGUUUGCAAAUACAUCGACUUAGAUAAUAAAUUCGACACCGGCAGCAGCUGCGAGUCGUUAAACGAGGACGACGAACCGCUUUCGAAUUUCGCAAGCCGAAAGACGACAGACUUGUACAACAACUUUUACAAAGCUCUGGUAAACUUCAGAAACCAUUUUGUGAAAGAGCACGACCGCGAAUGCGCCGAUUCGGAGUCGUCCGAUUCCAGCGACUCGGAAACGACGGACGGAAACCAUCCGAAGGCGGACGAGGACCUCGACGUGGACCGCUACGACGAUCUAUCGCACCGCAACAUGAGGAAAGACAGAAUGGACGAGGGCACGCGCCUCGAACUGAGCGGAGCGCAAACGAAAAUAAACGGAAAAGUGUUCUACACCUGCUCCGUCUGCGGGAAGAAUCUGAGCUCGUCGCACACGUACGUGUUCCACAAGCGGAUCCACACGGGCGAGCGGCCCUGCGUGUGCCACGUGUGCGGCAAGCAGUUCCGCGCGCCCAACGGGCUGCAGCGGCACCUCACCGAGACGCACGACAGGGCGCGCAGGCACGCGUGCGGCCUCUGCUUCAAGAGCUUCGCCAACUCGCAGAACCUGAAGCAGCACCUGCGCAUCCACACGGGCGAGCGGCCGUACGCGUGCGCCGACUGCGGGAAACGGUUCGCGCAGAGCGGCUCCCUGCACGUGCACGCGAAGACGCACUCCGCGCACAUGCCGCACGCGUGCGCCGAGUGCGGCGCGCGCUUCCGGCUCCGGGCGGGGCUCGCGCGCCACACGCUGCGACACUCCGGCGAGCGCCCGCACGCCUGCACUCUCUGCCCGCGCGCUUUCCGACUGCGACACGAGCUGGCCGCCCACGCCCGCGCCCAUGACCCGGCCCCGCCCCCGCACGCGUGCCGCCUUUGCGGCGCCGCCUUCCGACACCGGCGCGCGCUACGCCUGCACGCGGCCCGCACGCACCCGCUCGAACCCCCGCCCCGGCCCGAGUUACCAGCCGCCGGCCCGCCCGGGACGUCGGGGACGCAAAUGGAAGUACGCGAGGCGCCGAAGGAAGUCGGAGGCGGUGCGGCCGCCUCGCCGCCGACGGUUCUGGUGGCGGAGGACGGCAGGCGGUAUUCGAAGUGCGGGAUUUGCGGGAAGAGCGUCCCCGCGAACUCUUGGAAGAGGCACGCGCGGGGCCAUCGCGGCGAGAAACGGUACAGUUGUGACGCGUGCGGAUUGGGCUUCGGCGACAGCGGCAACUUAGCGCGGCACGCGCGGGCCGUCCACGCGGGCCAGCGACCGCACGAGUGCCCCGUCUGUCGCAAAGCUUUUUCGCGCCGAGGCCAUCUGCAAGACCACGUCCGAUCCCACUCCGAAAGCAGAGAUUUCGUUUGCGACGUGUGCGGGAAGGCGUCGAAGUCCAGCGCGGCGCUCCGCAUGCACCGCGUGACGCACGACGCGUGCAGGUUUCGGUGCAUGGAGUGCGACUCGAAGUUUAAGAGGAAGAGUGAGCUGCGGGCCCACGUCACCGUCCACACCGGGGAGAAGGCUCAUGCGUGCAUCUGUGGUCGCAGCUUCCGUCUACGUAGCCAGCUAACGGCGCACGCGCGGACGCAUACGGUGAAGUAG